AUGGAAAUGCAUUUGUUCGUAAUAUUCAUCUACGCUGUAAUUUUCUGUAUCGAAACUAAUAAUGCAGCAACGUUGAAAUCCAAUAAGAAUAUUGAUGCAACAAUGGAGUACUAUAAAAGGCUUAUUAUUGGUGAUACUAGCAAACUCUCCGAACUCAAUAUAUUCAUAACCAACAUGCCGAAAGGUGGUGAUUUACAUCAUCACUAUUCGGGCUCCAUCUAUUCUGAAACUUAUCUUAACUGGGUUGCUAGAAAUAAUUACUGUGUAUACCGCGAAGAUAAUCAAACUCUUAAGAUCCAAAAGUACAAAAUAGAAACUAGAGUAUCUAACUUGACAGAUUCAGAAAAAGCUCUGUGCAUCACCGUUAGUGAAAUAUAUUUGGAUAAUGAUUUCUAUCGUGCACUAUUGAAACGUUGGUCGACCAUUGAUUACUCUAACCACUAUCACGAACAGUCGCCGCCAAGUAAACAAUUUUUUGAUACUUUUGAUUAUUUUGGUCCGAUCAGUAAUAGUUAUUAUAAUGAGGGAUUAAUGUUAUUAAAAAAUACAGCCAUUAGUGAAAAUGUCCAAUACAUAGAAACGAUGUUGAAAAGUGGGCCAAGUAUUAGCGUUACAGAUGAACUAAAUGUUAAGUUGAAUUCCUUGAAUUCAAAGUCCAACGACUCUGAAAUAGACAUAGCGCUAACAGCUUAUUUUAACAUGGUUGUAAAUGAUAGUAAUGUUAAUACAAUAAUUAAUAAUUACGUAAAAAUGAUUGACACAUCAGCAGCUGGAAUCAAUGAUGGUAAUUUCGCAAUCCGUUUUCAAAGUUAUGUAUCUAGAGGCAGUUCACCUUCCCAAGUUUUUGGUAGUCUGUUUUCUGCUUUUUCGAGUGCUAUACGCAGUGAUCUAAUAGUUGGCGUCAAUAUUGUCGGUCCAGAAAAUGGUAUUGUAUCGAUGCGGGACUAUACACUACAUAUGAAAAUGUUUCGGUUUCUUAAGCAACGGUUUCCCACUGUAAAGCUCGCAAUGCAUGCAGGUGAGCUUGUUUUUGGUCUAGUACCACCAGAGGGAUUGCAAUUUCACAUACGCGAAGCGAUAGAAAUUGCUGGUGCAAGUCGAAUUGGACAUGGCAUCGAUAUAUUUUACGAGCAUAAUGCAUAUGAGCUAUUGGAAAAGAUGAAGCAACUCAAUAUAGUCGUUGAAGCGGUUAUGAGUAGUAAUGCAUUUAUACUGGGUAUUGAAAACAAUGCACAUCCCAUGUUAGUAUAUAAAGCACAUGGUGUACCCUUAGUGAUUGCCACGGACGAUGCAGCUGUAUCGCGCUCAACUUUGAGUAAUGAAUAUUUGAUUUUUAGUGAUCGCUAUAGGCCAAGCUACCUGGAAAUAAAAGCACUAGUGUAUAAUAGCAUUCACUUUGCUUUUCUAAAUGAGAGCGAAAAGCAGAAACAGUUAGACAAUCUGAAUGCUCGCUUUGAAAGCUUUGAAGCAAUGAUUGCAAAAGUGGCCAGCACUUUAUAUGACUCCAGCAUUUCGUCAUUAAGCUCGACUGCCGAACAGGCUGCAUGGCACAUGGUUUUAUUUUUCUGUCUAGUGUGUUAUUUAUCCAACUAA